AUGUGUUGGGAGCCACUAUCUGAUGAUAUUUUAUAUAAUCAACGGAAAUUAUUGAAUUCUCCAGAAUUGAAUAUUGGCAAGUACGAGAUAAAAAAUUUGGCUCUAUACGAAGUUGAGAAGUCAUUGCGAAGACGUUGGAGGAGUCUACGUGAUUUUAAUUCUAUGCCUUACUCGACUAUUAAUGAUCGUGAGAAUAGUCUUAAUAGGAUGCUGCUUGAUGAACUCAACUAUGAUCGAAAAGCUAUGGCCAUGAACAUGAAAAGCUACUGUCAACAAUGGCUGUUGAACAACAUUUUGGAUAUGAAACCAUAA